AUGGCUGCAUAUGCGCAGUUCGGAUAUGGUGGUUACCCGCCGGCUAAUCAGCUCUUAUCGACAAAUGCAGCACAGGCAUCACUGACAACUGGUGGUGUGGAGAGUGCUAGCAACAAUACAGCACCUGCACACAGUCCCACAACAGAUUGUCGUACAAAUGUGCCUGGCAGUGGUGAACUUUCUUCGGAUGCACUUAGUCCGGAUGUUGUGUCACCUACGAGUAGUGCUGUUGCAUCUGCAGGUUUAAAUAGUGCAGUAAAUGUUGCAGGUGGAAGUAUUGCGGCAUUGGAAAGUGCUGCCUUGGGACAUCAUGUCACAGCCACCGGUGGUAAUUGUUGUGAGAAUGGGCGUCCAAUUAUGACUGAUCCCGUUUCGGGACAAACAGUUUGUUCAUGUCAAUAUGAUUCAGCACGUUUGGCAUUAUCCAGUUACUCACGCCUACCGGCAGCUAGUGUAGGUGUUUAUGGUGCACCUUACCCAUCAACAGAUCAAAAUCCCUAUCAAAGUAUUGGUGUGGAUAGUUCGGCAUUCUAUUCACCUUUGAGUAAUCCUUAUGCUUUGAAAGAUUCUGCUACCGGCACAGAAAUGACUGCUUGGACAUCAGCUGGAUUGCAGCCCACAACUGGAUAUUAUUCAUACGACCCUAUGUCCGCUUAUGGGUGA